UAAAUAGUCGCCUUUGCGGGCGGGCGGCCGGCGAGGACGGGCAGGGCACGCACUGUCCCCGGUGCCCACCCGCACCCCUCCCUCAGAGUGCUGACUCAGCUCCCCAGACCUCGGCAGGAUGGAAGAGAAGCUGAAGAAAACCAAGAUCAUCUUUGUGGUGGGCGGGCCUGGCUCGGGGAAGGGCACCCAGUGUGAGAAGAUUGUCCAGAAGUACGGCUACACCCACCUCUCCACCGGGGACCUCCUGCGGGCUGAGGUCAGCUCAGGCUCAGCCAGGGGCAAGAUGCUGUCGGAAAUCAUGGAGAAGGGGCAACUGGUGCCACUGGACACAGUGUUGGACAUGCUCCGAGACGCCAUGGUGGCCAAGGUAGAUACUUCCAAAGGCUUCCUGAUCGACGGCUACCCCCGGGAGGUGCAACAGGGAGAAGAGUUUGAGCGGAGGAUCGGACAUCCCACGCUGCUGCUGUACGUGGACGCAGGCCCCGAGACCAUGACCAAGCGGCUCCUGAAGCGUGGAGAGACCAGCGGACGUGUGGACGACAAUGAAGAGACCAUCAAGAAGCGCCUGGAGACCUACUACAAGGCCACAGAGCCCGUGAUCGCUUUCUACGAGAAACGCGGCAUCAUUCGCAAGGUCAAUGCCGAAGGCUCCGUGGACAGUGUCUUCUCCCAGGUCUGCACCCACCUGGACACCCUCAAGUAGCAAAGCUGGAGCCCCUUCCCCAGCUCAGAGCCCGGCCCCACCCUCGUCCUGACUCAAGGCCUUCCCAGCCUGAGCUCAGCGCUUCCACCCUGCCCGGCUGCAGCACAGGCAGAGGAAGCCACUUUAUCCUGUUUUCAUGGACAGCCGAGCACUAAAUGAAUUUCCAAGGACAUUCAGUUUUACUCCUUUUUCUUUGAUUCCAUCAGGGAUGAUUCACAUGGCGUGGCCACCCCAGCCUUGAGUCCCCAGCCCCUCCCCUUCCCGUUCCUCUUCGGGCCCCUCAGCCCACCUCAGCCGGCGCCCCUCUCCUAGCUCCGCUGGAAGACGCAGGGCCCUUCCUCACACAUGGCGUGCUGGGCCUGGGCUGUGCCAGGCCUGGGGACACUGGGUGACUGAGGAGUGGUCCUGGCUCUCGGGGACUCGUGGUCAGGCAGAGCUGGGCCCUGGCCUGGGUUCCUCUGCAUCCUUGUCGUGUGGCCUUGGUCCUGAGCCCCUUAGCUCUCCGAGCGUGUUUUCUGUCCCGAACCCCUGCUGGGGACUGGGCUGGAGCAGGCAGCGUGGUCAUGGGCUGUGGGAGGGCUUCCUGGGCAGUGGGGGCAGCACACAUCAGCCGGCCGAGUGGGCAGCGAAUUGGCCUCCUUGGUGCAAGAAGCUCUGAGGGUCCGGAAAGGGCAUCGGGAUUGAAUGGGGGGUCAUGGUCAGAGGUGCCUCCCUGAUGAGGUGAGACCUGAAGGAUAUCCCACCAUGUAGUCCUGGACAGGUCACAGCCUGCCCUUCCUGAGCCCAUUUCCAAAUCUGAAUUAGGAUCAGUUCCCCCUCCCCCAACCCUCCUUCAAGGUUAGGAUGAGAACACACUGAGCAAGGGGUGUGGGUGGUCAGUUACCGUGGCCUGUGGGACCGGAGACCAGAGCAGCCUCAGGGAGGUGCAGGGCUGGGUUGCUCUGGGGCUGCCCCGGAAUCCCCUGGGGAGAAGCAUCUUCCCUCUUCUGUUCUCUUUCACUCUUUGACCUCAGCACGGAGAGAGUCUCCAUUGGUGCUCACGUGUCCCUAACACCUGUCCCAAGCCCAGCUGGCUCCCUUUAAAGCCAAGAGAGCCUUCAGCAGGGCAUCCCCAGCUGGAACGAAAUCCUGUGCGGGGCUGAUGGUGCCCCUGUGUGUCCUCUUCUACCUACAGCAAGUGCGGCUGGUUUUCCAUUUACAGUAGUUAUUUAAACUUUCCUUUAAA